AUGAGAUACUUCCAGCAACUUCUGGCAUUUGCCUCUAUCGCCUGCAUUGGGCAUGCGUCGGCCCCAGAUACCUUGGCUGGAACCUCUGUUAUUACCUCCUUGGGAGCAUCUAACCUUACAACCGGUGCCGCUUGCGCAUGCAACAAACUCUGUGCCUUGUAUUCGAACCUAGUCAUAUUCCCUAGCUCGGCAAAUUACACGGAACAGGCAACCUACUAUUGGGAUGUCCGAGCUGACUUGAGCCCGGCCUGUAUCUUCCUGCCUACAACGGCUAAUGAAGUUGCUACAGCCGUGAAGCAUUUAGUCCAAUGCAAUGCUCAAUUCGCUGUCCGUGGUGGUGGGCACAUGAACUUCCCCGGAUCGAACAACAUCGACGGUGGUGUCCUCUUGGGGUUUAAUAAUAUGGCCAAUUAUCAGGUAAAUGAGGACACAAUUGAUGUGGAACCAGGGAUGACAUGGUAUGAUGUGUACUCAGCUCUCGACCCGUAUGGUCGAACAGCCAUCGGGGGUCGCCUGAAAACGAUUGGAGUCCCUGGACUCACCCUCAUUGGCGGGGUGUCUUACUUCAUCAAUAAAUACGGCUUUGCUAUGGACAACGUUGUCAGUUAUGAAGUGGUUCUUGGAGACGGUAGCCAGGUUACUACGGACUCUACGACUAACCCUGACCUUUUCUGGGCACUAAAAGGGGGUGGUAGCAACUUUGGAAUCGUCACAAAGUUCAAGCUAAAGACAUACUCUAUGCCACACAUCAGCACCACUAUCCAAGUUUUCAAUGAGAGUUCGACAUAUGCUUUCACUAAAGCGGUCUGUGACUGGGCGCUGGCUGACAGUCAGAGCCCUGUUGCUGCCGGAUCUGUGCUCACUAUCACUUAUAACGUCACAACCAAGGAGAUGUCGCCAAGCCUUCUCGGUGUCCAGGCCGGAGUCAGCAACCCACCAUCUGAAUUCAAAAACUUCACUGCUAUUCCUGGUGUCAGUAAAAUUCACAAUGUCACAACUGGGAAACAGUGGGCCUCAACCCUCGACUCGCCUAAACAAAUGUUCCGGGUAAUGUUUGCACACCACUCGAUGAUACCCGACGCGGAUGUCCUCUACUCAAUGAUUGAGACAUGGAAAAAUGCAGUUGAGAAAAUUUCUGAUGUUCAAGGUCUUUACCCAACCUUUGUGGCCAAUAUCUCUCCAGCGAGCGCCGCUAGAGUGGCAAAAACAAACGGCAUUGGUAACGUGUGGGGUCUUGAUGAUGAGCCUCUGAUCUGGUGGCAAUUUAGCACGGGCUGGGACUUGCAGCAAGAUGAUCUUCGAGUAGAGGGCUGGGCUCGUCAAUUAACCGAGCAUCUACACGGAUUGAAUAAACAUAAGGGUCUGGCUAGGGACUUUGUGUAUAUGGGAGACGCGGGCGAGUGGCAAGAUCCGUUUGCAGGAUUUGCCCCUGCUAAUGUCCAGCGGAUGAGGGAAAUCAGAGCCGCGUAUGACCCCAAUGGAACCUUUUCAAAGCUGAAUUGGGGUGGGUUUAAGCUUGGCUACUGA